GAGCGCGGGGAGGAGCGCCAGGUUCGGGCUGUGGCGGCCGGGGGACCCUUCGCUCCCCGCCGCGGGCUAGGCGCGCUGCUCGGCGAGUUGGGCGGCACGGCUUCCCGGCGGGCUCGGGCGGCCGAGACCCUCGCGGCGCCCGGCGCUGCCCCGGCCCCCUCGGCCUCCGGCGGCGAGGCGGGGGAGUGAGGAGAUGCCGACCCAGAGGGACAGCAGCACCAUGUCCCACACGGUCGCGGGCGGCGGCGGCGGGGACCAUUCCCACCAGGUCCGGGUGAAAGCCUACUACCGCGGGGAUAUUAUGAUAACACAUUUUGAGCCUUCCAUCUCCUUUGAGGGACUUUGCAAUGAGGUUCGAGAUAUGUGUUCUUUUGACAAUGAACAGCCUUUCACCAUGAAGUGGAUAGAUGAGGAAGGAGAUCCGUGUACAGUGUCUUCUCAGUUGGAGUUAGAAGAAGCGUUCAGGCUUUAUGAGCUGAACAAGGAUUCUGAACUCUUGAUCCAUGUAUUUCCUUGUGUUCCAGAACGCCCUGGAAUGCCUUGUCCAGGAGAAGACAAAUCCAUUUACCGCAGAGGGGCACGCCGAUGGAGAAAGCUUUAUUGUGCAAAUGGCCACACUUUUCAAGCCAAACGUUUCAAUAGGCGUGCUCACUGUGCUAUCUGCACAGACAGAAUCUGGGGACUCGGACGACAAGGAUAUAAGUGCAUCAAUUGCAAACUGUUGGUUCAUAAGAAGUGCCAUAAGCUUGUCACAACUGAGUGUGGGCGCCAUUCUUUGCCACCGGAACCAAUGAUGCCAAUGGACCAGUCAUCCAUGCAUCCAGAGCAUGCUCAGACAGUAAUUCCAUAUAAUCCUUCAAGUCAUGAGAGUUUGGACCAAGUUGGUGAAGAAAAGGAGGCAAUGAACACCAGGGAGAGUGGGAAAGCCUCGUCAAGUUUAGGUCUUCAGGAUUUCGAUUUGCUUCGAGUUAUAGGGAGAGGAAGUUACGCCAAAGUACUGUUGGUUCGAUUAAAAAAAACAGAUCGCAUUUAUGCAAUGAAAGUUGUGAAAAAAGAGCUCGUCAAUGAUGAUGAGGAUAUUGACUGGGUACAGACGGAGAAGCAUGUGUUUGAGCAGGCAUCCAAUCAUCCUUUUCUUGUUGGGCUGCAUUCUUGCUUCCAGACAGAGAGCAGGUUGUUUUUUGUCAUAGAGUAUGUAAAUGGAGGGGAUCUAAUGUUCCAUAUGCAGCGACAAAGAAAGCUUCCUGAAGAACACGCCAGGUUUUACUCUGCAGAAAUCAGUCUAGCACUAAAUUAUCUUCAUGAGCGAGGGAUAAUUUAUAGAGACCUGAAGUUGGACAAUGUUCUGCUGGACUCUGAAGGACACAUUAAACUCACUGACUAUGGCAUGUGUAAGGAAGGCUUGCGGCCUGGAGAUACAACCAGCACUUUCUGUGGCACUCCCAAUUACAUUGCUCCUGAGAUUUUAAGAGGAGAAGAUUAUGGCUUCAGCGUUGACUGGUGGGCUCUUGGAGUGCUCAUGUUUGAGAUGAUGGCCGGAAGGUCUCCAUUUGAUAUUGUUGGGAGCUCUGAUAAUCCUGAUCAAAAUACAGAGGAUUAUCUAUUCCAAGUCAUUUUGGAAAAGCAAAUUCGCAUACCACGUUCUCUGUCUGUAAAAGCAGCAAGUGUGCUGAAGAGUUUUCUCAACAAGGACCCAAAGGAACGAUUGGGUUGUCACCCUCAAACUGGAUUUGCUGACAUUCAAGGACACCCAUUCUUCCGAAACGUGGACUGGGACAUGAUGGAACAAAAGCAGGUGGUGCCGCCUUUUAAACCGAACAUUUCUGGAGAAUUUGGUUUGGAUAAUUUUGAUUCCCAGUUUACUAAUGAACCAGUUCAACUCACUCCAGAUGAUGAUGACAUCGUGAGGAAGAUUGAUCAGUCUGAAUUUGAAGGUUUCGAGUAUAUCAAUCCUCUUUUGAUGUCUGCAGAAGAGUGUGUGUGACCCUCACUUUCCAGCUGUGCAUUCUGCUUACCGCCGUUUAGUGCAUGGAUUGGCCUGUUAGCCUGGCCAUAGUUAGCAUUUGUGUAUUCACCUAUGGAAAUCUCUCUCAAUACCCUGUUAUAGACUCUAGGAAUCAUAGAGCUAAGUAAAGUAUAGUAAAUCAUAUAGCUAAGUAAAGCUAAGAAAAAGAAAUUAAAACCAGCUUCCUGACAAUCAUGUCAAACUUAGUUAUGCUCGCUCUCCAGAGGCCUGCUGAUGAGUAAGGAAGUUGUCUUUUGUUUAAAGGAAAUAGCACAGCUUUUCAAAAGAGGCCUCUGCUGCUGAUACACCGGAUGACAUCAUCAGUCUCCUGCAGUUGUUGUCAGUUUGUGUUACAGUUGAAGGCUUGAUUGUGUAAUGAAGGGUAAUUUAGAAUACAUCUUGUAUUACUAGUUUCCCAGUUCCUUGAGUUUAAGAGUCCUCCUAUAAAUUUUCUCAUCACUUUGUAUAAUUAUUAAUAUUUAAAGGAACAGUUAUCAAAUUGAUAUACAGUUGCCUUGUUUUAUUAAGAAUUGGUUUCUAAAUUAUUAGUUGUGCUUGAAAAACUGGCACAAGUGAUUUAUUUAUUUUGAAUUUUAACUUUUUUUUUUAAAGAAGGGCAUAGCUUCUGAGCUUGCUUUUUUCAGUGAAAACUAGCAUGCUAAUCAUACAUGCAAAUGGAAGACGCAGAAUGCACGUGGAUGGGUAGCUGCGCAGUACAUAGAAAGGAAGAAAGUAGCUGUUUAAAGUAGCUGCAGAAUGAAGUGGGAAUAUUUUACCCCUCUGGAGAAUGAGUCCUGCAGCUGGUUUUAACAUCUGCUGUAAAUAACAAGGAGGUGCUCACUUCCAAACACAGAACAGCAUUCCGUAUAUUUGGGGAGGCGGAGUGUAUAUAUGUUUUUUAUUAGCAUAUGGGGAAAUAAUUUAUCUUCUAAGUAGAGAAUCUUAACUACUUUUGAUUCCUUCCUCAGAAUACAUUAUCUGUACUUUUGAGACCUGUUUAUGGAGUCUCGAUGAAAUUCAAGAACUAUAAUAAUGAACACGAAUAACUGUAUGACAUGUACUCACGUCAGUUUUGAUGUCUUAGGUAACAAAUAUAAUAGAUAAUGGAAUGCAUUUCAGGGGCAGAAUUCUUCAGUUCUCUGCAAUAUUUUUUUAAUAUUAGUAUUUAGUAAUAUUUUAUUUAAAGAAGUACAUUUUAACAUCGUUCUGCUGUUUAUUUUAAAUAUUUUUAUAUAAAGGACUUUAAAAUGAUCAUCUAAAUAAACUAUAGUUGUCACAUCAGUAAAAUUUAAUUUUAGGGAUACUAUAGAGUGUUGAGCUUAUAAUGAUUUAAAACAUGUAGGCAUUUAAAAAUAUCUUUUUGAGGAUGCUACAUUUCAUUAGAAGUGUACGUUUUCCCAAGUUUGUGUCAUGCAUUUUCUUUUCUUCAAAUAACUUAAUACUUCGAGCAAUGAAAACCUCCAUUGAUUAAAGCCAAAUAAGGGACCAGCGAGGUGGCUCAGCAGGUAAAAGCAUGUGCUGGCUGGCCUGAUGACCUCAGUUUGAUGCCUGGAACCCACAUGGUGGAAGGAAGGAGCCAUCCUCCACGAGUUUGUAUACCACGGCAUGUGCACAUGCCCCCCUCCCCCGCAGUAAAUCAGUGUGAAAUAAAUGCAGCCAAAUAAAUGCAGUGAAAUGCACAUCAGAAGGCAAGUGUGUGCGUACAUUUUUAUGUUUGAGAAGUUUUCAUGUUUCCCCUAGUCCUAGAACUUAGUUAAAUCAGAAGGCAGUAUUCACACCAUAAGCUUGUAGAGAAUUCUGAAGUCAGUAUGUGUAUGACCUUUUAAGCUGUGCUGUUUUCCUUGGGGCAUUUUAGAAUAUAGAAUAAUCACUGAGCGUUUGUUUAAAGUGCACGUUAGGACUCUUUUGGGACUUUGUACUUCAUUUUGAGACAUGUUUUCUUCAAGUUAUUCUAGUUAUUCUUUUUCUUGUGGCCAUAUUUCUUAUUGGAGCAUGAGCCUGCUUUUUAUGGUAAAACAUUUUAAGAAGGGGUAUUCAGUGAGUUAUCAUGCACAGUUGUCAGCAAACUUAGAUGAAUAAAUUCAAGGUACAUAUCUUCUCCUCACCCCCAACAAAAACCUCUCUGUUUUCUGCCAAUAAUGUACAAAUGAUGAGCAUUUUUCUAUAAUGUUUUAACCAUUGUUAAUGGUGGUUUUUGUUUUUAAAUAUUUUUUUAACUAAUAAGAUUUAUUGUGUGUAUUUUAUACAGAAUUAUUACAAGUGUUUUUGAUUGUGUUCUGUUUCUCGGCCCUUAAGUGCCAUGCCAGCUCUUUGUAUGUUAUGUAAAAGUUCUCAGAGUACUCUGCAGGGAAUAAUGUGUGGAUGGCAGAGUGAGUGGCAUCUGUGUCUUAGGAGUUCCUCAGUGUGCACAAGCUUGUGCUCAGAUCACAGGUAGCUAGACUGGAUGUCUAGUUCUGUUGUGUCCUUGUUGUCCAUACACUUACUUUAGAAAUUUGUCUUUUCAUUUUUGUCAUGUAGAAUACUGCCUUGUUCACUAUAAUGUAAUCUGUAUUUGUAUAAUUUUUUUUUUACAUUAAAGUCUUUAAAUAAAAUGUUUAAUACCUA